AUUGUAACAUCCAGUUAGUAAACUCGAGAACUUCAGCCUUUACUGACUGAUAAAGAUUUCUUUAGUUAUCAGACUUCGGAUGUUUCUGCUUGUGAGGUGGACCAAAGAAUUUAUUCUCUUUAGGUGAUCGCUGUGUCUUAAAAAAUCGGCAACGAUCUCAGAGCAGAAAGAAUGGCGUUGACUUUCGAGAUCUUCUCCGGCCUUGCGAUUCUGACUUUGGUCUUGUACUACUACUUCACGGCGCAUUUCAAGUUUUGGAAAACCUGCGGAGUCCCCGGGCCUGAACCGACGCCCAUCAUCGGGAAUGUAUUUCAAAUUAUGGUCGGGAAAGAAUCGCUGGGCGACUUCGUGCAACGACUUUACUGGAAGUAUAAAGACGAGCCGAUGAUCGGAAUAUUCGUCAGACGCACGCCAGUGCUCAUUGUUCAAGAUCCGGAAUUAAUCAAGAACGUGCUAAUUAAGGAUUUCGCUAAAUUCGCAAAUCGAGGGUUCAUGAAGAAUGAAAUCGCAGAGCCACUGUCCCAACACCUGUUCAGUCUAGAAGUGGAGAGAUGGCGACCCCUAAGAACUCAUCUAUCUCCAGUGUUCACGUCUGGCAAACUAAAGGGUACGUUCUCCUUGAUCUUGGACUGCACCAAGAACCUGGAGAAGUACCUGGCCACUCUGGUGGCCCAAGAGAAGCCGAUAGAAGUCAGAGAGCUCGCUGCCAGGUAUACCACUGACGUGAUCGGCAGCUGCGCCUUCGGCAUUGACAUGAACUCGUUAUCAGAAAACGAGAGCGACUUCCGCAGAAUGGGCAAGGAGAUAUUCGCGACUCACUGGAAGGCGAUCAUUAAAUUUCGCAUGAAGGAGUGCAUGUCGGGAUUGUACGAUUUUCUGGGAUACUUCCUACCCUACGACGAAGUGACAAAGUUCAUCGCUAGAGUCACCAAGGACACGAUGGAAUACAGGAAGACUAAUAACAUUGUCAGGCCCGAUUUUAUGAAUGUGCUCCUCGAGCUUCAGAAGAAAGAGAAGGUUGGUGACCUAAAAUUGACCGACACUUUACUGGCAGCUCAAGCUUUCGUAUUUUUCGCUGCUGGCUUCGAGACCUCAUCGACAACGAUUGCCAAUACUCUUUAUGAAUUAGCGUUGAAUCAAGAAGUACAGAAGAAGCUGAAGGCGGAAAUUAAAGAAUUCAAUGCCAAGAAUGACGGAGAAUGGAGAUAUGAGACGAUUAAACAAAUGUCGUAUUUAGACCAAGUAUUUAAAGAAACGUUGAGGAAAUACCCGCCACUGGCUGUUCUAACCAGAGAAACGACAGAGGAGUACACGUUCGAGGGGACGAAAGUGACGCUUCCUAAAGGUGGUAAGGUAUGGAUUCCCGUUUACACUCUCCACAUGAACCCCGCUACCUACCCAGAUCCGGAGAAGUACAAUCCCGAAAGGUUCAGCGAUGAUAACGUGAGAAGUAGACACCCUAUGCAGUAUUUGCCGUUUGGCGAUGGACCCAGAAAUUGUAUUGGUGCCCGUUUUGCGGUUUAUCAAACGAAGAUCGGCCUGAUUAAAAUUUUGUGUAAUCAUAAGAUGGACGUGUGCGAGAAGACCAUGAUUCCCUAUGAACAAGACAAAGUGGCAUUUGUGACGAUACCAAAGGGUGGGCUGUACUUAAAAGUGACCAAAGAUGAAAACUAUUUUCAUAGGGGGAGCAAGAGCAAUUUCUUUGGCGUUAAUAAAUCUCAAUUAAUCCAUUUGGGAAGGGAAUCGAGCUGGGUCUUAAGACCAUCUGAAUUGGCGAUUAUGGAGUAUUUUCAAAUACUACUGGGCCUGGGUGCGGUUCUAAUAGGACUUCUCUAUUAUUACUCGACAACCUUCGCCUUUUGGCAGAAUCGGGGCAUAAUCGGACCGAAACCGAUCGCCGUCGUCGGCAAUUUUCUGAAUGUUGCGUUAAGAAAAAUGUCGCUUGGCGAUCAGAUCCACGAGUGGUACAAACAGUACAAAAACGAAACUGUUUUCGGUUUAUUUGAAGGAAAUAGCCCUGUUUUGGUCAUCAACGAUUUGGAUUUGAUAAAAGAUGUUCUUAUCAGAGAUUUCUCAUUGUUUGCUGACAGAGGAUUCAAGAUUUUCCCAAAGAUAGAAGUACUGGGAGAGCAUCUGUUCUUGUUGGAACCAAAACGAUGGCGACUAAUGCGCAACCGCCUCUCCCCGAUUUUCACUUCCGGUAAAUUGCGAGAGAUGUUCCCACUUCUGGAGGAAUGCGCACAGAACUUGGAGAAAUACUUGGACUAUGUCGCGGAGAGCGGGAAGGAUGUGGAGGUGCGCGACCUGACCGCGAAAUACACCACGGACGUGAUCGGCUCCUGCGCUUUUGGAAUUACCAUGAACGCUUUGAACGAUGAUAACAGCGAGUUCCGGCAAAUGGGAAGGAAGAUGUUCAAGCCUACAUUUAGAUUCUAUAUUAGGGACACCCUCAAACGAAUGUGGCCCAGCCUUUAUGAGAUAUUCGGUCCCUAUCUGCAGAACAAAGAAGUGGACUCGUUUUUCGUUAAUUUAAUCAGUGAGACGAUGAAGUAUAGGAAGGAACAUAAUGUCUCGAGGCCAGAUUUCGUUAACAUGUUAAUGGAAGUUAAAGAGCACCCAGAGAAAAUGGAUAAUAUCGAAAUUACAGACGCGUUGCUCGCAGCGCAAGCAUUUGUGUUUUUCGUUGCUGGGUUUGAAACUUCGUCUACGACGAUGUCUCAUGCUCUAUACGAAUUAGCUCAAAAUCAGGAUAUGCAAAACAAACUGAGAGAAGAAAUCACGGAGAACUUUGCGAAGAACAAUGGAAUUUCGUCUUACGACCAAUUGAAAGAACUGAAGUACCUCGACAAGGUGUUCAAAGAGACACUGAGAAAAUACCCAGUAUUGGGUGUAUUAAACAGAAAAGCGAUGGAGAAUUACACAUUCAAGGGAACCAAAAUCACUAUACCUGAAAACCAAAUGGUUAUGAUACCGGUUAUGGGAAUCCAUAGGGAUCCGGCUAUCUAUCCAGACCCAGAUAAAUUCGACCCUGAACGAUUCAACGAGGAUGCUGUGGCCGCGAGACAUCCAAUGAGCUACUUGCCAUUCGGCGAUGGACCAAGAAAUUGUAUCGGUGCACGUUUCGCGCAAUUUCAAAGCAAACUCGGUCUCGCAAUGAUUCUCCGCAAGCACAAAGUAGAAGUUUGUGAAAAUACUACUAUACCGUAUAAAAGUGACCCGAACAGUUUUGUGUUCAAGUUGAAGGGCGGAGUACACUUGCGUGUCGCGAAAGUGUAA